UGGAAUGCUGUCUUGUCUUUCCCAGAGCCCAGUCCGGUGCUUGAUCUCAAGGCUGAGUAUGUUGGUGUGACUUCUGUCAACCUAACCUGGACUGUGAAUGACACAGCUUUGACUCUGUACACGUACAGGAUAGAGGUUAGGAAUGCUAAUUCCAUUAGCAACGAAAUGUCAAAUAUCAACAAAAUUGAAAUCACUGGGUUAAUUCCUGGAACAUCCUAUAACUUCAAAGUAUUUGCAACACCAGUCAACAGUACAACUGAAGAAGAAGGAUUGUCAUUAAACCUGUAUACAAAGCCCAGUGCGGUGCUUGAUGUCAAGGCAGAGUAUGUUGGUGUGACUUCUGUCAACUUAACCUGGACAGUGAAUGACACAGCAUCAGCCUCCUACAGAUACAGAAUAGAGGUUAGAAAUGGGCCCUCAAUCAACAAUGAGACAUCAGAUAUCACAGAAACUGAAAUUACUGGGUUAACCCCUGGGACACCGUACACUUUUACAGUCUUUGCAGUAGCAGCUGAUGGUGAGACGGAAGGAGAAGGAGCAUCCAUAAGCCUGUAUACAAAGCCCAGUGCGGUGCUUGAUCUCAAGGCAGAGUAUGUUGGUGUGACUUCUGUCAACUUAACCUGGAUGGUGAAUGACACAGCGUCAGCCUCCUACACGUAUAGGAUAGAGGUUACAAGUGUCUCUUUUAAUGACAGCCUGACAUCGAAUGUCACGAUGGCUGAGAUUACUGGAUUAAUGCCUGGGACAUUGUACAGUUUUAAGGUCUUUGCAGUAGCAGCUGAUAAUCAUACAGAAGGAGAAGGAGCAUUCACAAGGCUCUCUACAAAACCUACAUCAGUAUUUGGUCUCAGGGCAGAGUAUGUUGGUGUGACUUCUGUCAACUUAACCUGGACAGUGAAUGACACAGCUUCAACCUCCUACAGCUACAGAAUAGAGGUUAGAAAUGGGCUCUCCAUUAACAAUGAGACAUCAGAUAUCACAGAAACUGAAAUUACUGGGUUAACCCCUGGGACACCGUACACUUUUACAGUCUUUGCAGUAGCAGCUGAUGGUGAGACGGAAGGAGAAGGAACAUCCAUAAGCCUGUGUACAAAGCCCAGCAAGGUGGUUGAUGUCAAGGCAGAGUAUGUUGGUGUGACUUCUGUCAACUUAAGCUGGAUGGUGAAUGACACAGCUUCAAACUCCUACAGAUACAGAAUAGAGGUUAGAAAUGGGCUCUCCAUUAACAAUGAGACAUCAGAUAUCACAGAAACUGAAAUUACUGGGUUAACUCCUGGGACGCCAUACGCUUUCACAGUCUUUGCAGUAGCAGCUGAUGGUGAGACGGAAGGAGAAGGAGCAUCCAUAAGCCUGUAUACAAAACCCAGCUCAGUGCUUAAUCUCAAGGCAGAAUAUGUUGCUAUGACUUCUGUAAACUUAACCUGGACGGUGAAUGACACAGCGUCAGCCUCCUACACGUACAGGAUAGAGGUUGCACAUGAGAGCGUAAUUAACAAGACGAUGUCAAUAGUCACUGAAAGCAUUGUAACCAAUUUAAUCCCUGGGACCUCUUACAAUUUCACGGUCUUCGCAAUAGCGGCUGAUAAUCGGACGGAAGGAGGAAGAGCAUCCAUAAGCCAAAAUACAAUUCCUUCCUCAGUGAGUUCAUUUCAGUGUGAAGCAGUGGCUAAUAUGUCUCACCUAACGCUGAAGUGGGACUGUCCUUAUGGCGGCUAUUCUGGCUUUGAUAUCGAAAUAUUUAAUGACACUUGGACAAAAAAUCAACAGAGUCAAUUCUGUGGGAGCGAAGGCUCGGAAGAAAGCUUCAAAACACAACCUUUAGAUUAUUACAAAACCUAUACUGUUAAUAUUACAACUGUUUCAGAAGGUUUAACAAGUCUUCCAGUGCAGAUAAUAUGUAAUACAAGCAUUACAGAUCCACCCGUUCCACACGAAGCUCCUGUAGUCAAAGCAGUCAGUCACAACUCACUGUCUGUUGAGUUUCCUGAUUUUGAGUCAGUGAAUGGACCAUUAAAAGCUUAUGCAGUAAUGAUCAUAACUGAAGCAGAAGGUUGUUGGCCUUCAAAGUCUGAUUUGAGCUACACAUACAACGAUUUCAAGCAGAAGAUGACAGCCACCUAUGUGACAUAUGUCAUAGACAUAGAGGACACGACAUCUUUCAGUUCUCAGAACGGGCAAAACAUUGUUGACAUAGGCAAGGGAAACACCAUGUAUGGCUAUGAAAAUGGACCAUUGAUUCCUCUUCAUUCAUACAGGGCAAGCGUUGCAGGUUUCACUAACAUAAACUUUACUGUGGCCAACAAAAUUAUAGGAGAACAAAGUUAUGUGUCGUUUUCUCCGUGUUCCGAGGUGGUUUCAUUACCCCAGGAUCCAGGUGUUAUUGCUGGAGCCGUUAUUGGAUGCCUCUUAGCUCUAUUGGCUGUAGUUGCUAUAGGGGGUUACAUAUUCUGGAGGAGGAGAAGGAAAGAUAAAAGAAAUACUGAAGUGUCUUUUUCUCCAAUUAAAAUAAAGAAAUCAAAAAUGAUUAAAGUAGAGAACUUUGAGUCCUACUUUAAGAAGCAGCAAGCAGACUCCAACUGUGGUUUUGCUGAAGAGUAUGAGGAACUCAAGUCUGCUGGUGUUCAUCAGCCCAAAUUUGCUGCGGAAAUCCCUGAGAACAGAGGGAAAAAUAGAUACAACAAUGUCUUACCAUAUGAUAUUUCUCGUGUUAAACUUUCAAAUCCAAACUGUGCAACUGAUGAUUAUAUUAAUGCAAACUAUAUGCCUGGAUAUAGCUCAAAGAAGGCAUUUAUUGCUGCACAAGGCCCUUUACCCAAUACUAUAGAAGACUUCUGGCGCAUGAUUUGGGAAAAGAAUAUCUACUCUAUUGUCAUGUUGACAAAAUGUGUUGAACAGGCCCGGGUAUGGCACUGA